GCCUGGAGGUCUAGAAAACCCGGGGUUAGGCAUUGCUUUUUCCGUUCUUCCUGAGGACUGUGCAUUCAGAACCAGGGCCCCAAAGAUAAAAUCUGUAUUCUCCCCAACUCCCAAAUCCCUGUUUGUUCUCCCCGGAUCAGGACUUUCUUCAGCCUUGCCAUGAAAGGGUGGUGUCUCUCCAUCCCAGAGUCUCCUCUUUAGGUCUCUGCCCCUGGUCAUUCCUUGGAGGCACUGCCUUGGAGAACUCAUCUGCCCCACUGAAUCACCACCAUGAGUCCUCAGGUGCUCCCCCCCACCCAUCCAGCCUCAGAAUGACACUACCUCCCAGUCCCCUGGCCAUGGAAUAUGUCAAUGACUUUGACUUGAUGAAGUUUGAGGUAAAACGGGAACCCUCUGAAGGGCGAUCUGUCCCCCCCACAGCCUCACUGGGCUCCACACCCUACAGCUCAGUGCCUCCUUCACCCACUUUCAGUGACCCAGGCCUGGUGGGGGCCACCGAGGGCCCCCGACCAGGCCUGGAGGAGCUGUACUGGCUAGCCACCCUGCAGCAGCAUCUGGGGACUGGGGACGCCCUGGGGCUGAGUCCUGAGGAAGUUGUGGAGAUGCUGCAGGGUCAGGGCCCAGUACCUGGCCAGGGGGCCCACAGCUACUACCCAGGGAACCCAGAGGAGACAGGAGCCCAGCAUACCCAGCCGGCGGAGCGGUUUUCCGACGCGGCCCUGGUGUCGAUGUCUGUGCGGGAGCUAAACCGGCAGCUGCGCGGCUGCGGCCGUGACGAGGCCCUGCGGCUGAAGCAGAGGCGCCGCACGCUGAAGAACCGCGGCUACGCGCAGGCCUGUCGCUCCAAGAGGCUGCAGCAGCGGCGCGGGCUGGAGGCCGAGCGCGCCCGCCUGGCUGCCCAGCUGGACGCGCUGCGGGCUGAGGUGGCCCGCCUGGCCCGGGAACGCGACCUCUACAAGGAGCGCUGCGACCGGCUGGCUCCGGGCGGCGCCGGGGCCGGGGGCCACGCCCACCUCUUCCUCUGA